AUGAGCAAUGAUUCCUGCAAUCGUUUAGGAGAGAAGCAGAUGUACCCUGAUGUUAGUGACCAGCACCAAACUCAGAAGCGGCAACAUAAGUGGACCCACACCGGGGAGAGGCCAUAUGACUGCAAGCUGUGUGGGAAGAGUUUCAAGACUCGCUUCACUCUGCUUCAGCACAGCCGGACUCACACCGGGGAGAGCCCAUAUGACUGCGAGCAGCAUGAGAAAAGCUUCAGUACUCGUUCCGUCCUGCAUAAACACAGCCUGAUCCACACCGGGAAGAAGUCGUAUGAAUGUGAGCAGUGUGGGAAGAGUUUCAAGACUCGCUCCAAUCUGCAUCAGCACAACCCGUUACACACGGGGGAGAGGCCUUAUGACUGCGAGCAGUGUGGGAAAAGCUUCAGGUUUCGCUCCAGUCUGCAUCACCACAGACUGAUUCACACUGGGGAGAGGCCAUAUGACUGCGAGCAGUGUGGGAAAAGAUUCGGGACUCGCUCGGAAUUGCGUAGGCACAGCCGGACCCACAGUGAGGAGAGGCCAUAUGGCUGCGAGCAGUGUGGGAAAAGCUUCAAGGCUCGCUUCACUCUUCUUCAACACAAAAUGAUCCACACUGAUGAGAGGCCGUAUGACUGUGAACAAUGUUUCCACAGCCCGUGCACCAACCGGGACCACCACGUGAUGCACACGAUCCAGAGUCGCUUCCAGUGUCCUAAGUGCAACAAGGCAUAA